AAGCAGCAUAUUUCCUUAAAAGUAUACAGUUUUCUAAUAGGAACGCAACAGAACGGAUUCAAGAGCUUAAAAAUGCAGCAACGAGUAGUCAAAAUUUUGUGUCUCAUUUUUGCAGUCUCUUUUUACUUUCUACAAGUUAAUGGAAAUUGUAAUGAAUGUCAAGAAAAUAACAUAGCCUGUAUUGAUGAAACCCAUUUUCACAUAUGUGCCGGUGGUCAAAUAGAUAAAAGGUUUACUUUUAUUUGUCCUGACAAUGGAAUUUGUACAGGGUAUGGACUAAAGUGCAUGCCAGCUAAUAGCGGUAUAACUCCGUCAUGCACGCCUGAUUCCGGUUGCGCUAUAUGUUCUCCCACAAACAUGUUUACCUGCAUAAGUCGUACACAAUUCGCACAAUGCAGUGGAUCAGAAAUAACCGCUAAUGUUGGAGUUUGUCCUGACGGCUUCACGUGUGACACUACUUCAAGCGCAAUUUGCAUUAACGAUUGUAAUAAACCUGCUUCUUUAUCUUGUGAUCGGGACCCAAUAACGCUCUAAAAUUAUCGAUAGAGCUUAUUUUUCCAGCAUCAAUUUAGUUAAGUUGCACUGCUUACAAAAGUGAUUUGUUUUUGUUAAUAUAUAUGUAAUAUGGCGGAAAUAAACGAUUAUUUGGGCUAUUCUGCAAUUUCCAUAUACAAGUAUAUAUAAGUACAUACAAGUAUAUAUAAAAAGUACAUUAAUAUAUAUGUAUACACCUUUUAAUGUAAAGGCAUUUCAAAAAAAGUUGCAUUUUAUCUUAUGAGAUUUAUUACUCUUUCUUCGUGGAUUAAUACCAAGGAAUGAUAUCAGCGAACACCGGAUGGAUAUUGAGUUUCUGUUUUUAAGAAAAUAUAAUAAAUAUAUUUAGAUUUUCGUGACUUUUGCACAAUACCUGGCUUCCAUAUAUAUGACGAAGUACUAUUUACUUUUUAUAAAGCAAAAAAUUACAUUAAGUACUACAAUAAUUCGUUUGGUUUUGAUGAUCCUUGUGCAGUAAAUGACUUUUCUUGUAUUUUAACAUCCUGUAGGAUUUUCACCAUUUUGUAAGCAAACGGAUGUUUAGUCAAGUAUUGUUUGCACACUGCCUCAAUAUUAUUCAAUUUUUUCUUAUAUGAAUUCCUUUCAGCAAGCACGCUCUGUAGCAUAGCAUCCUUGUGGUCUUUCUCUGAGCUCUUUGAACCAACCUUUAUAUCAAGCAGCUUUUUAAUAAUUUCAGCCUUAUGGAUACUUUGUGGUUUGGUAUUGGCAACCGCUAUAUAUUUUUGUACGGAUUCAUUGGUUGGAGUGCCAUAACCAAUUUUUUGAUUGAAGCGUUCUGCAACAUGAUCACGAGUGCUAGUUGAGUUUUUACAGUGAGAAUCAUAAAACUGUUU